ACAUCAAUCAAACCUGCUUUUAAACCAAAGCUAUCCUAUUUCUAUGGCAGCAGCGGCAGCAGCACUUUCACCGUUUCUUUACUUAGAUCCUAGCCAACGUCAACACUUCCAUAUUCACCUUAAUCCCACCAAAACUCCUCCCUUUCUUUCAUCUAGGAACCCUCUUCUUUCUCUCCAAAGACUCCACCAAUGCAAUUGCAGAUGUUCCUUCCCUUCUUCCUCCCCCAACUCUGUCACUCCAUCUCAGUACUACUCCUUUCUAGAUGACCCAUUUAGGGGAAGCCGUUUUUUGUCCAAUGAGGAGCUUGAAAAGCUCAAAGCUUUGGAGUCUUUUGUUUAUCUCCAAGAAUUGGAAUCUGGGUCGUUGUGGGUUCGGGUAAUGAGGAACGAGGAGAUGGAUUUGACUGCUGGGUUGUUAGCUGAGUCAUUCGCAGAGUCAAUGUUGAUGCCUUUGGGAUAUGGGGCUUUGUUGAGGUUUUUGGUGAAACAGUAUUUGAUUGAGAGAAGAGCUGUGAUGCCACAUGCGGUGACUCUUGUUGGGUUUUAUAGAGACAAAGGUGGAGAAAAAGGAAUUGACCUUGCUGGGACCGUUGAAGUUUGCUUUGAUAAAAGGGGUGCUAAUGCUUCUCCUCCUACACCUAUACCUCCCAAGAAUUCACCAUAUAUCUGUAACAUGACUGUUACAAAGCAGCUUAGAAGGAGGGGCAUUGGUUGGCAUCUUCUCAAGGCAAGUGAGGAACUAUUAUCUCAAAUGGCUUCAACAAAAGAGGUAUAUUUGCAUUGCAGAAUGAUUGAUGAGGCUCCAUUCAACAUGUACAUAAAAGCAGGAUACAAUGUUGUUCAGACGGAUAGUGUCUUAAUCUUGUUGACAUUUCAGAGACGUAAGCACUUGAUGUGCAAGAAACUUCCCGUUUAUAACAGUUUAUACGAAUCAGAUAUGUCGGAGUCUGGUGAGGAACUUCUCUCAUAAAGAGAUUUAGUUGAGAAAUUAAUGUAAUUUUGUAAUAUUUUGAGCUCAAUGCUGUUCAAGGCACAUCUACAAACCAUAUGGUCAACAUGCUCCCUCUUCUCUUGUUGUUAUCAUUGUUGUACGGCGGUAAUUUUUUGCUUCUUGGAUUGUACGUGAAGAUGACUUCAUUCUUAUAUCAUGUUUGCGGAGUUAUCUCUUAGUAAAAUGGGGUUCUUCAAUUA